GAGGCUCCAUAACGCACACAAAGGCUGAAAACGGGCGAACGGCCCAUGCGAUGCUCCACUACCUAAUAUCAAAGCAAGCUUUCACAUAGGGGAAAAAAAAAUCAAAGAAAGAAAAUAACUUCGGCAUAGCUCGAAAAAAAUCCCACAAAAAUAUAACCAAUCAACAGAGACAGUGGUCCAGUUCUGUGAUUAGGCCACAGUUUGAUGUGAUUAUGAUGUAAUAAUGGCAAGAAAUGUCUAUCAUUAUUAUUAUUAUUAUUAUUAUUGUUAUUGUUAUUAUUUUAGGUUGUUGUUACAGCUGAUAAUAAGCGGUUGAUUAUUUUCUCAGCGCUACUGGAUUUCAUAUAUUUGUGCAAAGUUCCCUUCAUUUUUUUAAUUAGCCAGGGAAGAUAUAGCACUUAUUACUGAUGCGCAUGCUCGUUAUAUAUUGUGUUACAGCGUCAUUAUAUGUCAUUAUAUGUAUUAUAUGUAUGUGUCAAAAUCCAUUUCACAGACAUUUCACUUAUAAAUUUUUUCACACUUGAGUCUGUGUCUCAGCCUACAGCAUUCCUCAGUAAUUCCAGGAUCUUUCUUUCUGUCUGUCUGUCUUUCUGUCUUUCUUUCUUGCUCGCUCUCUCCCCGCUGCUUUGACAUUUUAGCGUCUUUCCCCGUCCUGCUCUGGCUCUUCGCUCUGGCUGCGCGCGUUUGGAGGCGGACCGGCUUUAGUUUCCACUCGGCACCAAUCGCGUCCUGGCGGCAGUAAAUAGGCUGAGGAGUGACGCGGCCACUAAGGGGAGGGCGUAUUCCCUCACUUCUACCUCAGUUUAGGGUUCUCCUCAGCGCUGGGGAUCUGAAUGGCACACUGUUCACACUGUGACAUCUCAGACAGAUUCCCUUGGAUAUUUUCCUCAGCUAUUGUCUCUCAUUCUAUCAUUGCGUUCAUAUUUUCGGGGUGUCGAAGCAACUUUGCGUGCGCAGUAGGCUCCAGAGCGAGAGGAUCCUCCUAUUGCAGUUCGCCAUAACGCGGCAGGGAUACAAACUUUGUGCUAAAGGCGCGUCUAAGCUCCAGCAGCACUAAUUAACAGGUCCUGAGCCACAGGAGAGGCGCUUCUCAGCGGGAAAAGAGUCUCAGAGCUCAAGUAUGUUGGACGGUAUCAAAAUUGAAGACCAUCCGCUCCGGACGGGACCAGCCACUCUGGGAGUUAUGCUAGGUAAGCCUUCGCAGGCUGCUGCAUGGAAACUAAACACGGCUGUGAAACGCUCGGAGUGCCAUCAGCAGGCGGUGUGUGAGGGUUGCCAGCGGCCCAUAGCCGACCGCUUCCUGAUGCGCGUCAACGAGUCCUCGUGGCACGAAGAGUGUUUGCAGUGCGCCGUGUGUCAGCAGCCGCUCACCACCAGCUGCUACUUCCGAGACAGAAAACUCUACUGCAAACAUGACUACCAACAGUCUGGAAAUCAAGAGGCACUACUGAAAAUACGAUUAUUUGCUACUAAAUGCAGUGGAUGCCUGGAGAAGAUAGCACCCACAGAGUUUGUGAUGCGGGCGUUAGAGUGCGUGUACCACCUCAACUGCUUCUGCUGUUGUGUGUGCGACCGACAGCUGCGCAAAGGCGACGAGUUUGUACUGAAAGACGGCCAGCUGCUGUGCAAGAGUGACUAUGAAAAGGAGAAAGAUCUGCUUGGAUCCGUCAGCCCUGAUGACUCUGAUUCAGAGAAGAGCGAGGAUGAGGAGCUGGAUAUCAAGCCGGAGAAGUGCUCUGGAGGCCCGGGCAAAGGGGAUGAUGGGAAGGAUCCAAGGAGACCCAAACGACCACGUACCAUCCUCACCACACAGCAGAGACGGGCCUUCAAGGCUUCGUUUGAGGUGUCCUCCAAGCCCUGCCGGAAGGUGAGAGAAACCCUGGCUGCUGAAACAGGCCUGAGUGUACGUGUGGUUCAAGUGUGGUUCCAGAACCAGAGAGCCAAGAUGAAGAAGUUGGCCCGAAGACAGCAGCAGCAACAGGAGCAGCAGAACUCCCAAAGGCUGGGCCAAGAGGUGAUGUCUAAUAGGAUGGAGAACAUGAUGAACUCCUACACACCAUUGGCCUCUGCACAGCAGCAGAUGGUUGCCAUGGAAAACGGCUACACCGCUGAUGCCUUCCAGCAGGGCCUCACCCCACCUCAGAUGCCUGGUGACCACAUGAACCCAUACGGAAAUGACUCCAUAUUCCAUGACAUCGACAGCGACACCUCCUUGACCAGCCUUAGCGACUGCUUCAUGGCUUCUUCAGAAGCAGGCUCACUGCAGGCACGUGUGGGAAACCCCAUUGACCGACUUUACUCCAUGCAGAGCUCUUAUUUUGCAUCAUGAAAGCCAGCAUGGACAGGGACAACCAAAUGUGGGUUCACUUACUGCAACCCACUGCUCCCUUUAUUACAUGCCUCGGAACCAAGACCUCUCAGCAAAGACCUCUACUAUGGAUAAAGGGCCAAAAAAAAAGCCCAGAAUAUGAAAAUCAUAGAACUUGAAAACAAGCGUCCUUGAUAUUCAGUAGUGAAAAAUGCAGCUCAGGACACCUGGUUUUCUGAGGCUGACAGACUUUUUCUAGAUAUGUUUGUACAAUACUUUCACAGAAGUAGCACGAAUUGUCAACAUCCACCUAUGGUAGAAAAGAUGUACAGUUAAAAGCCCUGAAGCCACAAACCUCAGUCCACAGCAUCCUGCCAAGGAAGGCUGAAGAUCAACACAUAAAUCUCACAAUGCAUGAAGUCAUAUUCUUUGUGAACAUGGCAUUGAAAAAGAAAAUCUUUAGAAAAUAGCUGAAAAAAUCUUGUGUUGUUGAGAUGUUUAAAUGUGAUGUUUGGACUCUCAUAUUUUUUCGUUAUGUUCAGCAUUGCAUUUUUAUCACUUUAAUAGGUUUAGCUAUGAAAGUGGAGUUAGAAUUUUAGAGGGAGGAGGAAUGUAUAGUGUAAGUGUACAUGCUUGUAUGGGGGUAUGUGUGUGCGCGUGUGUGCGUGUGCGUGUAUGAAUGUGUGAGCGUUUGAUGUAGUCACCUCUCUGUAUGUGUGUUGUGCUUCAGCGUGUUAUAGUUUGAAAGACAGUAAGAGACAGAAAGCAAAAGCUCUAUCCUUGUGUAAAUAUAUGUUUCCCGAACAAAUCAGCUGUGCAUGUUCAAAUGGAGAACAUUCUAUUUAUUUAACUAAACCAUGCUCUUGAAGGUACUUAAGUAACUGAAAAGCUUUAUUUAAAAAGGAGAAAACCACAUCAAGUAGUACAAGCGUUAUUAUCACAGCUCACAUGUAUAUCAUUUAAUAAUUAAAUAUAUCCCCUUUUUCAGCUUAGAUGUACAUCAGCAAAUGUGUGCUAUUUAUUUGUUAUAAGCCCAGAACCAGGGCUUCUCAACCAGUCCUGGGGACCCACUGACCUGGUGUGAGGAUUUCCUAACUGUGAUUCAGCUGAUUAUUAAGCCCUUCAUCAGCUGGAUCAGGUGUAUUGGCAGCGAGGAAAUGUUGGAACGCUGUGCAGUUCAGUUGGUUCCCAAAAUGGAAGCUGAGAAACCUUGCCCAUAAACAUUGACGAAAUGCAUUUCCAAAUGUGAACACUGCUAAAUUACCAAAGUUUGUUGGUAUAACGAAUAAACUCUGUUUCUCCUGA